UGCCUAUCUCUGAAAUUGAAUCUCUAAUUCUCUAAACCAUUUGUUGAUAUGUUAUGAAUUGAAAUUGCGGUUUCCGGGUGUUGUUUCAUUAAUGUGACAUUAAAUUCUGGUUUGCGAAAAGUUAAAAUGGCAUUGGAAAUAUGCUGGGGGGAUAUGUGCCGUGCUUGCAUGGAGUCCACUAUCGAUUUGUUACCUUUAUAUGACGAAGAGGAUAAAAAUGUAAACGAAAAUCUAGCAGAAAAACUAAUCGAAUUAACUCAAAUCGAGAUAAAAAAUAACGACGGUCUACCGAAAAAGAUAUGCCGAGAAUGUGCAGCCAAAACUAACGCUUAUUUUGAGUUCAAACAAUUGAUUUUGCAGACUGAUCAAAAUCUUAGGGAAACAUUAGAACAAGCAACUUCUACGUUAAAUGAUAAUCAAAUAAAUUAUGAUACAAUUAAUCAACAAAACAUAUCAGAAAUCAAAUUUAGAAAGAAAAAAUUUUGCAAGCCUUACAAACCUCGAAAGAAAAAAGAAGUUGAUAUUAGUAAUAAUGAUAAUGAAACCAGCAUAGCAGUAUCAAAUUUGAUUGAAGAUGUGGGUAUUGAUAUUACAUCAAGUGAAGACUUAACAAAUAUUAAUAAUACAGUUGUCUUAAGAAUUCAAGCACCAAGUAGUGAUAAUCCUGAUGAAGUACAAAAUAUUCAUGUUGUACUGAGCAAAGAGGAAUUUGAUGCUCUCAAUAAUAUCAAUGGUACUAAUAUCAUAGGUAAUGAAAUGAGUAGUAUAAAUUUAGAAUCAUUUGCAGCUUCUACAGCUUACAGCAAUCAAAUAGACAAUAAUAGUUUCUCAAAUGAAAAUGCAGAUUUGCUCAAUUUAAUAGAUUAUGAACAACUCAUGCCAAUUAAUGAUGUUACUAAAGGUGUCAACGAUCAUGACUCAGAAUAUGAUAGUGAUUCGGAUGAUUUUACAAAUGCAGUUGAUGAUAUUGUAGGUAGUCUUAAUGAUUCUAUCACAAAAGUCAAAGAAAUAAAAGAAAAGGGAAAAAGUGCUCAGUUUCAAUGUACUCUAUGUUCUCAAGAUUAUCCAGAACUUGUAGAAGUUUUAAAUCAUAUUGUUGAUUUACAUGUACCAAGUAGUGGACCAUUCUACUGUAUUGUCUGCGAAAUGGAUUGUGAAAGUCUUAAGCAAUUAAAAGCACAUGUUAAGACGCACACAGGGCCAACUCCUUAUAUAUGUUUUCUUUGUUGCAAAUCGUACAGUAGAAAGAGGUAUUUGAAGAGACACAUGGCUUGUCACACUGACUUUCCUAGACAUCGUUGUUCAAAAUGUGGUAUGCGAUUUAAAGUCAGACGCGAUUUGGAUGAUCAUAUGACAAUGCAUGGAGAAACAACAACAUUUAAAUGUGAUCAAUGCCCUAGGUCAUUUAAUCAUAAAGGUAAUUACAAGCGGCAUCUUAUAACUCAUCUUGACCCAAAAGGUCGUUUUAUACCAAAGUAUCCAUGUACAUUGUGCAGUAGAAGAUUUUUGAAUAAUCGUUCACUGCAUGUUCACAUGCGGACUCAUACAGGCGAAAAACCUUUCGCUUGUGAAAUAUGCAAUAAAACAUUUUCUCAACAAGGCAAUCUAAUUAAUCAUAAGAAAAUUCAUACGAAUCCACGGAGUUUCACAUGUGAAGUUUGCGGUAAAAGAUUCAACCAAAAAGCAACUUUAAAGGACCAUAGCCUAUUGCAUUCAGGAGAGAAGCCUUAUGUCUGUAAUGUCUGUGGAUUAUCAUUUACUUUCAGUGCAGCUUUGCGCCGUCACAUGUUUAGUCACAAUGAUAAAAAACCCUUUACAUGUGACAUCUGUGAUGCCAAAUUUGUGGGAAGAUACGAUCUCUCACGGCAUAUGCAAUCUCAUCUUCGAAAAUCAAAAACGAGUAGGAAAUCGAUCGAUCAAAAAGAAAAAAGUCCCGAAAUAGCUGAACUAUCAAAUCCGAACCCAGUAGUUACGAAUUUAAACCAAUCUAAUUCAGAUACUAUAUUUGUGGAACAAAUUUUUCUUUAUGAUGAAUCCAAUAUGCAGAUAAUUCCCGAGGAAACUUCAGAAAAGGAAAAUUUGUUAGAUUUUGAAUCAUAUCCUUGAAAAUAGUAAGAUUCGGGAAUACUCUGUAAUCAAGUUAUUCAGUUAGUAAUAUUCAGUAGAAUGGUAACAUAACUUCAUUCAUAUCAUAGGCAUAGUCAUUUAUUUGUUAUUAAUAUGGGUAUAUUAAUAAUUAGGUUUUUUGACAGAUUACACGGUAAAUCCAUGUGUUUAAAUUUAAACGUUUAAUAUGACGUCACCCAUAAGAAAUACAUUGUCCUCAAUUUUAAGCACUUCUAAACGUUUAAAUUCAGCGACAAUGUAUUUCUUAUGGGUGACGUCACAAUUACACACUUGAAUUGUUUAAAUUUAAACACAUAGGAUUUUAAGGUUUUGCCGUGUAGACAAUAUGGUAAAAUUAUAGCUUUAAAAAUUUGUAUAUUGCUGAUAUGAUAAAAAUGGUAAGAAAACUUUUUUUAGCUCAUAUUUGCGUACAAACUGUGUUGAUGAAAUAUUAAUUUAAAUGAGAGAAUCGGUGCUCUAAGGUAUUAAAAAAUUUUGAGUUUUUUGUGAUAUGUUUUCGAUAAACGACUGUAGAAAGUAGAUUUUUUCACAGCGACAGAUUAUUUUUACAUACUGUAUUAGAAAAGAUAAAAGAAUCUAACAUUAAUGAACUUUUUUAAUGCUUGUUGAAUGCACGUUCGAUACUUAUUUAAAUAAUAAUUAUUUUUGUAGGUAAUUUUAUUCAUAAGUUAUUUUUUAUAGACGAUGAUGUUGUAAAGAUUUUUGAAAUUAUUUAUUAAUUUGACAUUUGGUAAUCGUAAGUGUUGAAUUAUUUAUUGCGUGUAAGUUAUUGAAUUAAGUUAUUAUCGGUGCAUAUAUACAGAUUUGUUGGAAUUGGUGUUUCGUGCAGCUCUGCACAGAUGGCGUUACCCAUCUAUUUUUUUGAAAUAUAUGUACUUUUUACGCGCUUUAUUGAUAUUAUAUAUAUCAGUCUUUUCUAUAGUAUAAUAAACGAAGAUAUUAAAUUUUAUAAUCUUAUAGUAUUCUCUUAUGGACGUAAAAAAGACUGGUUCUAAGAGCGAAAGCAGCGAGUUGGUGCGUUGUUUAUGAGUGUUUUGAAAGCCUAACUUGAAGUAUUUAUAUAUAACAAUUUACUA